AUGUACUUAUUAUUGGGUAUUUUGAAAGUUGUCUUGGACAUAGGCCUCUUCCAACUUAACAAAUUUAGAAACAAACAAACAUAUUCAGGGUUACCUACUAUUGGGAUUAAUGAUCAUGAUGAAAAAUCUUCACAAAGGGUGCCUAGCCCAUAUUUGAUUUUGUUAUUAGUCUUCUACCUUUUGGUAGCUUUUCUAACUAAAGUAAUAGAAGGUGAUCUUCCAAAUGUUAUUCAAGAAAAAGAUAUUGCAGCAGAUAAUUCAAACACAUUUAGUGAACAAAAUGCUAGAAUGUAUCUUCAUAACAUACUAGGGGAUAAACCAAGAGUAGCUGGAACAGCAUACCAUUUAGAAAAAACAAAGGAUAUAAAGGAUUUAGUGGAUAAAAUUGCAAGUUCUGCAAACUUGCCAGUUAAAACUGACUGGCAAUUUGUUGAUGGUGACUACUGGUUAGCAUUUACAACGCCACACGUUAAUGCCUACCAAAACUUGUCGAACAUAAUCGCAGUGCUAGAGGGGGAUAGUGGGUUCAAUCCCGACGGUACAACUAACACCUCUCUAUUGGUCAACUGUCAUUAUGAUUCCGUGCCUUUUGCAAUUGGUGCUUCAGAUAAUGGUGUGUUCUGUUCUGCAAUGGCAGAAAUACUAGCAAAGUUAUCUCGUAGGAAGAAAAAAUUUAAACAUAACGUCAUUUUUAUAUUCAAUGGCGCAGAAGAAAGUGCAUUAUUGGCAAGCCACGGUUUUCUUAAACAUCAAUGGGCUAAAGGUGUGACGAAUGUUAUCAAUUUGGACUCAGCCGGAAUGAAUGGGAAACCCAGUGUUUUUCAAGUAACAGAUCCAAGAGUUUUAGAAGUUUAUAGAAAAACUACUGGAAAACCUAACGCUCAAGGCUUAGGUGAAGUGCUAUUUGCAUCUGGUAUAAUACCGUCUGAUACUGAUUUUAGGAUAUUUAGAGAUUUUGGUAAUAUACAAGGUAUAGAUAUAGCAUUUGUUAAAGGCGGCAACGUUUAUCACACUCGGAAUGAUAGACCGGAAUUAAUAGAAAGUGGCGUCAUUCAAAACGCGGGAAAUAUGCUUUUGAAUGUCAUUAAAGAGGCGGCCGAUAGUGAAGAGUUGAAAAUUAAAGAAACAAAAUCGACAGUAGUAUACUACGAUUAUAUAGGAUUGUUUCUAUUCACAUAUUCACAUAAAACCGCUUUGUUUAUAGACUCUGUGGUGGCUGUUUUGGGUUUUGCAAGUGUUUUUUAUUAUUUGUCGCUGUUUGGAUUAAGAAAAUCUACUGUUCGUGAACUUUUAUGGUCGGUUUUGGGAAGAAUUUAUUGUUUGAUAAGUGGAAUUCUAAUUGUGGGUGGUUUCACUGUUGUUAUGAUAUACACAACUACUCAAAUGAGAUAUUUAUCUGAAAAUUGGAUGGUAAUACCUUUGUAUUGGAUACCAUUUUUCAUUGGAAGUUUGCUCGCAUCGUACUCUUUUGAUUCGUGGAGGAACAAUAAAAUUACUGUCAAUAGAUCAAUCCGAUGUGUACAAACAAGCUCUGCAACGCGACUUCUCUUGUCUAUAUCCCUCUUUAUUCUCUGCUUCUUUCCUUCUCUAUCCAACGUUCGGUACAUUAUCACCGUUCUUCUAACAAUUAUGAUUGUCAGUAGUUUCGUUAAUAUGACUUUAGUGCGCUAUGGAAGAAUUAAAGGCUGGCGACAUUUAAUCCUGGAAGUAUUACUAACAUUACCAGCAACAAUGUUCUGUUUUUCUCUCGCGUUUCGUUUUACAUUGCUGUUAAUACCGAUUAUGGGUCGGUCUGGGAACGAUUAUCCUGAUAUUGUGAUAGCCAUUGUCAGUGUGGGCUUAGCGGCUAUCGUUGGUUUAACUAUGUCGGGAAUCGAAUUGCUAUUCAGUCGGAAACAUGCGUGGGCGGUUAUUUCUAUUGCAUCGUUGAUAUGUAUAGUUAUAAUGUUUAUUCCAAUGAGUCCGUACCGUGGUGAAAAUACAACUCAAAGGCAUUAUUGGUUUCAUACACAAAUAACUACGUACAACAAAAACUUUACACAAAUGGAACAAAUCUCAGGAGUUGUUAUAACUAAAGUGGACUUAUAUUCUGUUCAAUAUGCUUUAGAGGCUAUAAAGAACAGUCCCUUUUACGUCAAAAAUGACAUUGACGGUCGAUCGAACAGGAAUGACAGUUCCAUGACAGCUUUCAAAAUAACUGACAGUGACAUAAAGCCUAUUACAGACGACGAUUGUGAAGAGUUUCUUUAUUGUAAAAUGCCACUGUACAGGCCGCGGUUCGACAAAUUUAUAAAAGGCAGUUUGUUUGUCAAAAUGGCUCCGCCCGCUGAAUUUAAACAUUCAUUAAGUUUGGAUAACAGAUCAUGUGUAGAAGAUACUUGCGUGAUGAAUUUUAUUUUGAAUGGUUCAACUCAAAAUUCAAUAACAAUUUGGCCUCGUUUGAACGUAACAUUGGAAAAAUGGUCCUUCGAGUCCCCUUUAAAGGAAACAAUGGUACAAAACGGUAGAAAAGUGUAUGUCAUCAUACAAACAAUGGCGACUUAUCAAAAGGAAUUUCGGCCUUUGGAAUUCCAAUUAGUAUUUCAUGUACCAAAGGAACUUCAAUCCCAAAUUAUAGCAGACAUUUCCCACCACGCCCACAAAAUUUAUAAUCCCGAGGACUUCACAGAUGAAUAUAAGAAGCUAAUUCAAGCGAUGCCGGAAUAUUUCAAUGUAGCUACGUUUUUAACAUUCACCAAUAAUUACAAAUUU